GCCCUGAGAGCAGCAGGACAGCAGUCUGCCUCCCCUCCAGCACUGAUGCAGUGACCAUGGCAGCCUCUGAGGAAGAGAACUUGGUGGUAGCCACCUCUCCCCCUUCUGAGGCAGAGUUUGAUGCAGUUGUUGGCUACCUGGAGGCUAUCAUCAUGGAUGAGGACUUCCAGAUGCUGCAGAGGAGCUUCCUGGAGAAGCACUACCAGGAGUUUGAUGACUCAGAGGAGAACAAGCUCAUCUACACAGCCAUCUUCAAUGACUAUAUCUCUCUGGUGGAGAAGUACAUCGAGGGGAAGCUGCUGGCCUGGCUCCCUGGCUUCAGCAUGGCUGCCUUCACCAUGGCCUUGCAGCAGCACCAGGAGGAGAUGGCAGGAGACAUCUUUGACAUGCUGCUCACCUUCACUGACUUCCUGGCUUUCAAGGAGAUGUUCCUGGAUUACAGAGCUGUGACUCCUGCACUCCCUUCACCUGUUUAUGAGCUCCUGCCAGCCUCUCACCUCUGGUUAUGA